UCUGGUUUGGAAUCUCAUCAGACUGGUUUGAACUCACUCAAUCCGGGAGAAAGAGAGACAUGGAGGGAGAGGCAGAUCAGUGCACCAAAAGAAAAGCACAUGCAAGACUUUCUACCACACCUGUAACACUGAUACACCCAGAUUCAACACGCGGACGAGUGAGAGACCACUGGAAAAACAAGGUCAUUUCUUCAGGGAUUAAAGAAUUUACUGAACUGUUCGUCAGGACUAUACUUGUCAAACAAGCAACAUGGACUGAAGAAGCCUACAGAUCUGAAACGCGACAUGUGCUCUUGCACAACAUGCGCUCACUUUAGCCAGUAGAUCUUCAUUCCAGUGCAAAACUGCUGAUUGCAGCCAUGCCGUUCUCACGUAGCUUCUUGUCUGAAGAGCACCUGUUGUGCUCCAUCUGUUUAGAGGUGUUUGACAAUCCGGUGUCCACACCAUGCGGCCACAGCUUCUGCAUGAGCUGCAUCGGUCACUACUGGGACACAGCGAAACACUGCCAGUGUCCGCUCUGCAAGCAGACCUUCAAGAGGAAACCUGACCUGCACAUCAACCGCACACUCCGAGAGAUCACGGAGCAGUUCAAGUGCAUGAAUGGGAACUUGGGGGCCUGCGGAGGUGCUGAAACCGAAAAAGACGGAAUAACACAAGAGUCAACGAACGGGGCGCUCAAGCGCGGCCAGCUUCCAAAUCAGCUCUUUAGUGAAAUGAGGAAACUGAUACGACGCAGAUCCCGGGACACUUCUCUGGCCUGUCACAAUGAAGCAGGGGCUGAGCAAACUGAGCAGACAACACAUGCAGACAGUGAUGACACAGAGUUGCCCAAUUUUGCCAGACAGGUGUCGCUGAGAAGGUAUUCAAUGUGCGGAGCAGCGAAUGCCGUGAAGGUGCCACUGUGUCCGAAGCAUCACCGAAACCUGGAACUGUUCUGCCGGACUGAUCUGGAGUGUAUCUGUGCCGAGUGUGAACAAACAGACCACCAAACACACAACAUCACCUGUGCUGAGAAGGAGUGGCAGAUUAAUAAGAUAAAGAUUUCUAUCACAGAGACAGAGACACAGGAGAUGGCCAGGGUGAGGAUGCAGAAAGCGGAGGAGAUCAAGCAAUCACUAGUUGACAUCAAAGCGCUGGCACAGCACGAGGCGCAGCGCUGCAUGCAACUGUUCGGGGCUCUGAUCAGCUCUCUGGAGCGCAGUCAGGCUGGGCUGCUGGAGGUUACAGAGAUUAACCGACGCUCAGCGGAGCACCAGGCCGAGCUCAUGAUCCGAGAGCUGGAGCAGGAGAUUACAGAGCUCCGCACCAAGAGCACAGAGCUGACUAAAUUGGCCCAAACUGACAACUACAUCACUGGACUGAAGGGUUACUCUGAUGCCAAUACUCCUGUUUCGGUGAAGGACUGGUCGAAUGUUUCUCUGAGCUGUGAUCUCGGGACUGAAGGGAUCUGUGCCUCUGUCUGUCAACUACUGGAGCAGUUUAAAGAGGAGCUGCGGAAACAACCUGUGGCCUGCCCCUCAGUGUCUGCCAUCCAAUCACCAGCCAAGUCAGUCAAAGUGAAGAGAAUACAGGAAUAUGCAGUGGAUGUGACCCUGGACUCCAACACAGCCCAUCCACGCCUCAUCCUAUCUGAAAACAAGAAGAUGGUGUGGUGCAGUGAAAGUCAGCAGCACGUUACCAACAACCGUGGGCGCUUUGACCGUGUUGUCUGUGUGCUGGGCCGUGAGGGCUUCAACUCUGGACGACACUACUGGGAGGUAGAGGUAAACGGAAAGACCGACUGGGAUCUGGGGGUCGCAAGUCAUUCCUGCAACAGAAAGGGUAAAAUCAAAGUCAGUCCCAGCAACGGAUACUGGUUUCUUAGCUUGCGGGACAAGAACAAUUACGCCUUCAGAACCGAGCCUCCCACUGUGCUUCAUCUCAGCACAAAACCUCAAAAAAUGGGGCUAUUUGUGGACUACGAGAAAGGCCAAGUCUCCUUUUAUAACGUUGAUGCAAAAAUGCACAUCCACACGUUCAUGGACAACUUUUCUGAGACCAUUUAUCCAUUCUUCAGUCCCUGUACCAACAAAAACAGCAAAAAUGAAGCUCCGCUGGUGAUCACACCUGUGCUAAGCUGAAAAGUAAAAUGAGAAGCAAACCACUUGUAAUUGAUUCGUCUGCUGACGCAUCAGCAAUUCAUUUUCAUUAGUGCUUUUUCACAACUGAAAUGGUCAUUCUAAAUCCCAGGUAAAUGAAUGCUGAGUUUACUCGCGUCAUGUUUUAGAUUGCUCACUAUUUACCCAGAGUUAACAGUUAAUCCUGGGUAUUCAUAUGUUGAGGUUUCACACCAUACUUUACCUGACAAAAGUCUUGUCGUUGAUCUCAAUUGUAAGAGCAACAAAUAAUAACUUGACUUCUAGUUGAUCAUUUGGAAAAGUGGCAGAAGGUAGAUUUUACCAGUGAACUGCAUCCCAAUCAUCACAAAUACUGCAGAAGAUCUAUUGGAACCCCCAUGGACCCAAGAUUUUCACUGAAAUCAGUCAAGUUUGGUGAAGUAAAAACCAUGGUUUGGGGAUACAGUCAGUAUAGGGCAUGAGAGAGAUCUGCAGAGUGGAUGGCAACGUCAACAGCCCUAGCUAUCACAUUUGUUCUGCCCAUCACUUUACAAACCACAGGAGAGGGCAAAUUCUUAAGCACGAUAGCGCUCCUCAUACUUCAGCCUCCACAUCAGAAGGUCAAGGUGCUCCACGAUUGGCCAGGCCAGUCACCAGACAUGAACAUUAUUGAGCAUGUCUGGGGUAAGAUGAAGGAGGAGGCAUUGAAGGUGAAUCCAAAGAAUCUUGAUGAACUCUGGGAGUCCUGCAAGAACGCUUUCUUUGCCAUUCCAGAUGACUUUAUUAAUAAGUUAUUUGAGUCAUUGCAGAGAUGUAUGGAUGCAGUCCUCCAAGCUCAUGGGAGUCAUACACAAUAUUCAUUCUUUUUCCACUGCACCAUGACUUUAUAUUCUAUACUGUACAUUAUUUCUGUUAAGUGACGAAACUUUUGUCUAAGCAAAGUCAGACCUUACUGUCCUAAUUAAAUAAUUAAAAAUACAGCAUGAUCAUAUUUUAUUUUGGUAAAAUUAGUGUAAUUUAGAAGCCUUUGCCUUUCAUAUAAGCCACUUCUGAUACAAAAUGAUCAACUAGAAGUUAUUAUUUCUUGUUUCCUAAAACUUUGGAUAGGCGACAAGACUUUUGUCAGGUAGUGUACAUACCUAAACACUGGGUUUACAUUCUUGAUUGAACAUUAACGGUAUCAGUGUCAUUGAUUUGGAAAAUGUAGCAUGUGACCUAUUUACGUUAAGUGUCUAAUGGCAUGUACAGUAUGGCCAAACGAGAUCUUUUCCUAAGUGGACAAUUUGUAAAGUAAAAAUAAGAAUGAUGAGGGUUUUCUUCAUUCCUGUGAAUUUUCCAACACUAAUUUUGUCACUUUUCUCCUCACAUGCUGAAAUGACUGUAGAGACUGUUCAAAGUGUAUGAAUAAGAGGUGUGUGUUUGGUUACUAAACACAGUUUGAAUUGCCUUACUGAUAAGAAUACUUUCUAGAAAUGUAAAAAUAGUCCUUUAAUAACAAUACAAAUCGGCUAGUCCUGUUUUCUAUUAUCAGAAUCAGAAUCAGUUUUAUUGCCAAGUGUGCUUCACACACACAAGGAAUUUGUUUUGGCUACAGAAGCUUCCAGUGUACAUAAAGUGACAAGUGACAACACAAAAUAAAUCUGAAAAAAUAAAAUAAUAAUCAUAAAAAAUGAUGAACAUUAAACAGAUGCGGUUAGUGAAGAAACCUGGAUGUUGAAUGUAUCAUGACUAAACGGAAACUUUGACAAAAAUAUCAUAUUCUGGAUUAAACCAAUUAAAUAAAUGAGUUUGUUUCUUACAAAUAAAACAAGAGUGGAAAUUCAAAUUCAAUAUGAACA